CAGCUUUUGAAGUCAGGAGUUAGUCACAAAGUACAGCUCCUCCGGCUUUUCUAAGGUCCAGUUGGGGGUUUUCUACAUACAGUGAAAUAGGGCUAGAAUCUGGUUAGGAAAUUGACCAUCUACUUACUGAGCGAGGGAGAGCAGAUCAUCUGCAGAAGCACAAACAUGUUUAAAAUUAACCUUGUAGAGGAAGCCACAAAACUGGCAGGAACCACUGCACAGGAUACAGCUAACUCAGCAGGUCAGGCUGUGCAGCAAGUGCUGGACCAGGUGACAGAAGCCGGCCAGAAAGCGGUAGAUGAUGCCUGCAAGACAGCACAAGAUGCAGGGGAAAAAGCUGCACAGAAUUUGACAAGCCAGAUCAAUGCCUGGGGCAAAAGCUUUGGACAGAGUGAAGAAAAGAAGAGCACUUCUACUUAAGAGUUCACACGUGUGCUUCGGCUCCUCGUGCAUGAAUGUACAGGACAGAACAGUGCUUAAGAUUUUUUUGUCAAUUAUCUAAUCAUACAAUCACUCUAUCUUUAUUAAAAAUGAAGCUGUAAAUCCUAA